AUGGAGGCUGCCUCCCAGUUUGCCGGUCGGUACAAGAAGGAUUUGAGUACAGAAGCCCUCAGAACAAAAGUCGCGCGGAGAAAAUCAAUGCUUCAGAAGGAGAACAGGCACAAGUUGUUUGAAAAGGGCAGGCGGUUUGGAUUGGCAGAUGUCAAUGUUCAGCCCUUGAAAGAGAGAGGAAUUUCUCAAUUAAAUGAGACAAAUGAAGUGUGCUCUCAAGAGAACAGCAGUGUAAAGCAGAAGCAAUCUACAAAUGCAGCCACAAAGAGGAUUAACGAGCGCAAAGAAAUGCUACAGCGCUAUAAAGAAGAGAAGGAACUUCGAAAACUGAAAGAGCAAAGAGAGAAAGCAAAGAAGGGUGUGUUCAAAGUUGGGCUAUAUAGACCAGCCGCGCCUGGAUUUCUUUCACGUGUGUCUGAAGAUCCUGUAAUAGUGAAGCCAAGAGAGCAGGCAACUCCUGCUUUCUCUGGGAGGAUUACUCGAUCAAAGGCCAAGAACCAAGAAGAGAAAACUGUGAUACCAACUGCAUCCAAGCACACCACGGUCCGCACCACUGGGAAUAGUGUGCGCCCUACACAGGCAGGACGUAAGCAGACGAGUACGGACAAAGCAGCUGACAAAGAGAAAGUGUUGCAGACUGCAGUCCAGACAACCUCAAAUGUAAGAAUCACCAGAGCAGCCGCCUCUGCAGCUAAGCAGAUGCUGAAAACAACAGCUACCGCUGCUACUACUGGUAACCAGUCCCAGAGAAAGACAGUGAAUGCAGGAAAGCAGAAACAAGCAGUCAAACCUGACAUCAAGGAGGUAAUUCCUUCAUCAAAACAUGAAGUGGAUAAAAAUGCCCAACUGGAUCCAGCAGUGAAGGAUUCUGCUGAUGAUUUUGAACAUUCAGCGACAGCAGAACUUCAACAGGAACACACCGCAGCCGAAAACAAAACUGAUUCUGUUCCAGGGAGACCCAGAACACGCUCUUUUGCUCCUCAAAACUUUGUGUUUCAGCCAUUAAAUGGAUUAGCAACCUACAAGGUUACGCCCAUGACUCCUUCUAGGGCAAAUGCCUUUUUGACACCUAAUGCCUUCUGGGAUUUUUCGACUUCUCCAGUUAAUAUAAUUGAAAAAUCCAGUGAAACUAAGGAACAAGAGUCUAAUUUAAAAACUCAUGUUUCACCUGCUGACAUAAGCAUUCAAGAACAGCAAAUCACUGCAAGUCUGAAAGAAGAAAAAGCAAGUGAAUCAGAUGAGAAAAUGUCCAUUCAGACAUCAGAGGAAACAAUUCCUGUCUCUGUAGAUACAACAGCGCUUGAAAUGAAGUCAGUUGAUAUAAGAGAGCAGGAGCAUGAUGUGCCCUAUUUCAGGAAUAUUCUGCAGUCUGAGACAGAGAAGCUGAUGUCUCAGUGCCUUCAGUGGGAUGGAAAAAUGGAGUUGGACAUUCCAGAGGAUGCUAAAGAUCUGAUUCGCACCACAGUUGGUCAGACAAGACUGCUUAUAGCAGAAAGGUUUAAACAGUUUGAAAGCCUGGUGGAUAACUGUGAGUUUAAACGGGGUGAAAAGGAAACGACAUGUGCAGACUUAGAUGGAUUUUGGGACAUGGUUAAUUUUCAGAUCGAAGAUGUGAAUAAAAAAUUUGAUCAUCUGAAGAAGCUUCAAGACAAUGAGUGGCAACCACUUGAUGUGCCAAGCAAAGCAAUUGUCAAGAAAAGUACUAUUCCAAAUGGAGUGUCUAAACCAAAGCUGGGAGCGGCUGGGAGAGCUGCUGCCCGAAACCGGCUUGCUGCUGUAAAAGCAGCUAUGAGGGACAAAAUGAAGCAUGAUGGAGCUGCUGAAUGUACGGAUAAGGAGAAGCUACCAGAAGUAGAAAAAGUGGUUUUUGAAGCGGGAUUUUUCAGAAUUGAAAGCCCUGUGAAAACUGUUACAGGCUUGCUUUCCAAGACAUCUCGCAGAUCUUCCCAGCGAGCUUCAGGAAAGCUGGCAACUCCAAGACCAUCCAGUAGAGCUUCGCUUCGGAGCGUCACUUCUGCUCUCUGUGACCCCGAGGAUGCCGCAGCAAAACAAGCAACACCCGUGCUUAGUGGCUUCCACCCAGCACAAAGUUUGAAAAUGCACCAGUUUCCCACUGAAAAAGCUCCCCCACUGGAAAAACUCCCUGGUGGUUUUCUUGAACAAAGUGUUUCUGUAGUUGCAGAAGAACACUGUCCUGUUGCUGGCACAACAGAGGGAUCUAAGGUGCUGGAGAAUUCUGGCAGUGAACUAAAAGCAAUGGAUGGCAUGGAGGAGAUGGAGCUCUCUGCUGCUGACCAGCAAGGGCAAGACGUUGUCAUGUGUGGUCCGGAGGAGACCUGCACAGAGCCCAACGUUGUGCAGUCUGGAGAACCAAAAAUACAUCAAACAGAUGCUUCAUGUAAUGAUUCAACACCCACUGGCAGAAGUCCUUUUGAUGUGCCCAUGCUGGAUGCUGAGCUCCCCUUCACUCCAGUCAAGAGCAGAGCCCAGACACUUGCAGCAGCUGAAGCAUUCGCUGACCUGAUUGUGUUUUCUCCCCUUUCUUCCUCUGGGGGAAAAUGA